AAUCAUUUCAUUCCAUGAAAAGCCACAAUCAUCAUGAAGUUUGGCUUCUAUAAACCUUGGGUCACCUCCUCCCUGCAACGUUUCCCAGGCUGAAGAGAGUCAGCUGGAGCAAAGCGUACUCCCUCCCUCAACUGUCUCACGGCGAACGUUCUUCUCUAAUUUUGGUAUUUUGGAACGUCUGGAUAGUGGAGAGGUUGUGGUUGGAGACGGCAGCUUUCUCAUAACUCUGGAGAAGAGGGGCUACGUGAAGGCUGGGCUCUGGACUCCAGAGGCCAUAGUAGACCAUCCCGAUGCAGUUCGUCAACUUCACAUGGAAUUUUUGAGAGCAGGAUCAAAUGUCAUGCAGACUUUCACCUUUUCCGCCAGUGAGGACAAUAUGGGAAGCAAGUGGGAAGAUGUGAAUGCUGCUGCCUGUGACCUUGCCAGGGAGGUGGCUGGCAAAGGUGAUGCUUUGGUGGCAGGAGGGAUCUCCCAGACAUCAGUGUACAGACACCACAAGGAUGAAGCUAGAGUUAAAAAACUCUUUCAACUCCAGCUAGAGGUUUUCAUAAGGAAAAAUGUGGACUUCUUGAUUGCAGAGUAUUUUGAGCAUGCAGAAGAAGCUGUAUGGGCUGUGGAAGUCUUAAAAGAAUCGGGUAAGCCUGUGGCAGUUACCAUGUGCAUAGGCCCAGACGGAGACAUGUGUGGUGUGAAACCUGGAGAAUGUGCCGUUAAGCUGGUGAAGGCAGGGGCUGCAAUCGUGGGUGUGAACUGCCGAUUUGGGCCGAGCACCAGCUUGAAGACAAUGAAGCUCAUGAAGGAGGGCCUACAGGCUGCAGGGUUGCAGGCACACCUGAUAGUGCAGUCCCUGGGGUUCCAUACCCCUGACUGUGGCAAAGGCGGGGUUGUGGAUCUCCCAGAAUAUCCCUUUGGGCUAGAACCCCGAGUUGCAACCAGAUGGGAUAUUCAAAAAUACGCCAGAGAGGCCUACAACCUGGGGGUCCGGUACAUUGGCGGGUGCUGUGGAUUUGAGCCCUAUCACAUCAGGGCUAUUGCUGAGGAGCUGGCCCCAGAAAGGGGGUUUUUGCCUCCAGCUUCAGAAAAACAUGGCAGCUGGGGAAGUGGCCUUAAUAUGCACACCAAACCCUGGAUUAGAGCCAGGGCCAGAAGGGAGUAUUGGGAAAAUCUGCUACCAGCUUCGGGCAGACCUUUUUGUCCUUCACUAUCACAGCCGGAUGCCUAAGGAGUAGUGAAAGAAAACACCGAAAGAACAGAACAGAAAGAAAUCCCCCCUCGAGCCCCAGCCCCGUCUGGAACUCUUCCUCGCCUUUCCCCUCAGCCCGCCCUGCUAUCUCUAGCUGCACAGCUAAGGUGCUGCUGGCCCUUCAGUUCAAGCCAGCACCUUGCACUCUUGUGGUAGACAAGCACCCAGCUGGAUGCUGCAAAGAUAAGGAGAAAGGCCCCUGGUCCUCCAGCUGCUUACUGUCCAGUAAUGCUGUGGUACAUUCUUUUGAAGGUCAUUGAGAAUAGCAAAAUUUGUCUUUUAGGGUGAAUCUGAGAUUUUAAAAUAACCAGAAGUCGCUGAACACCAAAUCUAAUGAUUAAUUCAGGCAACUAAACUGGGUGCUUGCAGAAGAAGGAAGAGCAAUGAGUCUGCUUUUCUUAUGUGAUUUGUAUAAUGACUCCAAGGGCAAUCCCAAAGGAAGAGAUGCAAAAAAUGUUUUUGAGCAAUAGCAGGGUCAUUGAAAUAAGUUUAUAACUUUCCAAAGUGAUUACUUUCAAAGAUGAUUUUACUUAAAGGUGUUAGGUCUUUAAAAAAAAAAAAAAAGAUUAGGUCCUAGAAUUUUUUAAAUGUAUGUCUUAUGAGGAGCACGUGGGUGGCUCAGUCUGUUAAACAUCUUGAUUUCCACUCAGGUCCUGAUCUCAGAGUUGUGAGAUCGAGCCCUGUGUCCACACUGGAUGGAGCCUGCUUGGCAUUUUCUCUCUCCCUCUCCCUUUGUCCCUUCACCCCCAAUAAAAAAUAAAUGUUAAAAAGUCACAAACAGCUAGAUUGUAAACUACUUAAGGACAAGGACAAUAUAAUGUUCUCAUAUUUUUCCUCAAAGUAUUUAGCACUGUGCUGGGCCUGGUAAUAGAUGCUCAAUGAAACACUUAUUUUUGAUUGUUAAAUAAAAAUAGAUCAAGUUGUAGAAGAUCUUUUUAAAAGUCAGAGUUCUAAUCUAUCUUGAUCUAAUAUGUUCUUGACUGUUUGUGGUAUUUGCCAUGUGCCAGUAUCUCUUUUUUUUCCCAAAACAAUGUAUCAAUUUGUGACAAUUGGUAAAAUUAAAAAUGAUUUACCUGUUA